AUGAAAAGCUCAUACGAAGCAACCACAAUUAAUUCUAUGAAAAAUAAAUAUGGUGUAUAUAGCAAUCUAGAAAGGGCUAUUUUAGCUCUCUCAAAAGCUAUACGCAAGGCUAGUAUCCAGCAUCGUAUAUAGCAUAAGCCCAUUUUAAAGAGCAAAAAGCUAAUAUUAAAACUAAACCACAAUUAAGCAGAUUUCAACAAAUAAUCAAGAUUUUUCAACUGAGUCAGACACACUUUUCACCUUAAUUCCUAAAAAAUUUCAAAUUUUGCCACAAGAAAGCUCCCUUUUUGAAACGCAAAAGCUCAAGCUAGAGUGAAAGAAAAUUUCUUAUCAUGUCAAAAUUGAAAAAGACUAUAAAGAAAUUCUCAAAGAGGUUUCUGGAACUGCAAACCCAGGUGAGUUACUCGCCAUAAUGGGUAGUUCUGGUUCAGGGAAAACCUCUUUGCUAGAUAUUUUAGCUGGAUUAAGAACUCAUUCGAAAUCAAAGAUAAACGGAUCUAUAAAGCUCAAUGCCAAAGAUAUAAAAUCUCUGGACUAUGAGUGUUAUAGAGGAUAUGUCAUGAAAGACGACUUCUUGCUGCCUUUCUUGACUGUCAGAGAAACGCUUUUUUUCGCAGCUUCACUUAAAUUUGGAGGAGGAAAAAAGCAAGUAAUACAGAAAGUUAAUAGUAUUAUAGGGGAAUUAAAACUAGAAGGAAUCGCUGACCAUAUUAUUGGCAAUUUUAUGUAUCCAGGGAUCUCAGGAGGGGAGAAAAAACGAGUCAGCUUAGGCAUUGAGCUGCUUUCUGAUCCAAAAAUUCUUAUCCUAGACGAGCCCACUUCUUCUUUAGAUUCCUUUACUGCUGAGAUUAUUAUUGAUUUAUUAUUGCAACAAGCAAUUAAAGGAAAAACCGUCAUUUUUACUAUUCAUCAGCCUAGUUUUAAAAUAUUCAAUAAGCUUCAGCAGCUAAUUUUAAUCACAGAUGGAAACAUCAUAUAUCAAGGCGAUGCAGCUCAGUCAAAGAUGUAUUUUAAAAAUAUCGGGCUAAGCUGCCCAAAGCUAACGAAUCCUUCAGAUUUCUAUAUGAAAAUUACUCAUAUUGUGAAUCGAUAUGAAAAAACAGACAAAGAAAAAGAAGUCCUUAAAAAAUUAACUGAGUCAUAUAAGGAAAAUCUAGUUUGCCAAAAAAAUACUGAUAAUUUCACACAAUCAUUGUAUAUAAAUCUGUCGAAACCUAGACAUAUAAGCUGAUUCAGGAAAUUUUUAUUAUUAUGUCAUAGAGGAUUUAUGAAUAAUAUCAGAAAUCCUAUGGCAACUUAUAUAGUACCCCCCCCCUCGUUUGUCGCAUUUUCUAGUUUUUUUUUAAGGGAAAAAAAAAAUUUACAGGACCUCGUUUGUCGCAUUUUCUAGUGCAAAUACAUUUGUCGCAAUUUCUAGUUUUUUUAAUUUUUUUUUGAUGUCGCAAAUCUUAGUUUUUUUUAAAAAAUAUUUUCUGAUUAAUUUAAUUGAGUAAUUAUAAAGGAGUUUACCUUACAUUUGCCUGCAGAGGGUUAGCAGGCCCGAGUCCUUCCCACUUUACUCUCCCCUUUUUAGAGAAUAGAUUAAAUUUAUUAACUCCAUUCUCCUUGCGCUUCAAUGACCUGCCUUGCUCUUUCAUUUUUCACCUUAAGAAUGGAAUUUUGCACUUCCUCAAAAGAAAUUUCGUCCCAUGACUCCUGAAUGGCAGCAAUUAGUCUGGCUUUGCUGUCAGGCCUUCUUUUCUCCACUUUCCUCUUCAAAUUGGCCCAGAUCAUCUCAAUUGGAUUGAGAUCUGGGCUCUUCGGCGAUUGAGUCUUCACAUCAAUCCCGUUUUCUCAGCAAUAUUCCAUAGUCUGCCUUGCAGUAUGGGCUGUUGCCCCAUCCUGAACGAAGGUGUAGUCUCCAUCUAAAGGCUCAAUAUAGCCCUGGAGAAUGUCUCUGAUAUAGACCUGGGAAUUGAUUGCAUACUUCUCCUUCUUUAUGAAGAGCAUUUUGCCAAAAACGAUAGAAAUUCCUCCCCAGAUCAUCAUUGAGGUUUUUCAAUUGAUAGGCUCUUCAAUCGUUGCGUUUAUCCCUUCUUUGCACAAAUUAGAGUUACGAAAGAGAUGCACAUAGCACUCAUCACUGAAGAUCCAUGAAGCGAUAUCUGAGUCAAUCAAAGACCUAGCCCAGGACAUUCUCUGCUCUUUAUGAGCUUUAGUUAGCUGUAGAACAACCCUCUUCUUCCUAUAGACAUAUCCCCUCUUCUUCAGCUCUUUUCUAGCUGUUCUUCGCUGAUGUCAACUGUCUUUCUUUUGAAUUGGGCCCUCAAACUUGCUUUGCUGACAAAGCCUGUAUCCUUCUCACAUUCCUUAAUGACCUCAGCAAAGUCUUCAUCACUUCAAUGCUUUAGGGGAGAUCUGGAUAGUGCCUCUUCUCUUCCAGCCGCUUCGUCAGAUUCACUCUCAGUAUUCUCUGCAGCAAUUCGCUCAAUAGUCCGUUUAGAAGUCCCCAAGAUUGUCGCAAGUUCUUCGUUUUUAAAGAAACCUACGUCAAUGAUCCUCUUGACUAUGCUCUCCAUCAUUCCAUUUUCUUAGGAGGAGGCGAUAGUCCAUGGUCCACAAGCUUCCGCCUGAGCUCUAAAGUGUGCUCUUCAGGAUUGAACUUGUUGGUGUAGUGCCUGAUCGUCGUCAGGCUCAUGUCCUUGCCACAAGCAGCAAGACGCUCUUGGAUCUGCUUUGCAUUGAGCCUCUCUCCAUAGGCCAUGCUUUGAAUCAUUGCCGGGAUUUUUAUCGGCUGGUCCUCAAUUUUGCGCAACUCCAUUAAUUAAUAUGGAAGACUAGAAAUUAAGCUAUCAAAUAAGGAAAUAGGCAUGAAGAUAGGGGAAUAAGAAUGGUGAAUGGCAAGUGGUGAGGCUUAAGCAAUGGGAGCAGGUAAUGGGAAGCAAGCUGUGGGGAUUGAGGAGUCGGAGCAAGGAUUUUGAAGGAAGAAAUGAUGAAAUUUCACUAACUGAUCCCUUGACGAAUUUUAAUUUUUAGGAAUUUAUAGAGAGAAAAAAAAACUAGAAAAUGCGGCAAGCGAGGUCCUGAACCAAUUUUUUUUUGCUUAAAAAAAAACUAGAAAAUGCGACAAAUGAGGUCCUGAAAAUUUUUUUUUUUCUCUUAUAAAAAAAAACUAGAAAAUGCGACAAAUGGCAAAAAACUAGAAAAUGCGACAAACGAGGGGGGGGGGUACUAUAUAAGAAUCGCUUUUUUUGCGGUUAUUGGCUUAUUUUUGAGUAUGAUUUUUCAUGGGGUAGGCGGAAAAGGCGAUUUACGCUCAGCUCAGACUGUUGAAGGAAUCAUGUUUCUUAUAGCGAUGGACUAUGUUUGUGCAGGAAACGCAAGCAAGGCUAUUGAUAUACCAUGCGAAAAAGGGGUACUUAUUAAAGAAAUCAGCCAGGAUUUAUAUGGAAUAGCUUCUUAUAUUAUUGCUACAUUUAUAUCUGAUAUCCCAGGUCACGCUGUAAGCGUUUUAAUUUCAGCGCUGGUGCUGUAUUUUUGGCUUGAUUUUAACAUGGCUGCAGGAAAAUUCUUGAUUUUCUGGCUUAUUUGUUUAAUUUCUCAGCUUAUGGGACUUACAAUUGGUCUUUGUCUUGGAAUUUUUUUCAAAAGUCCUCACGUUGCUUUAGUAUUUGCAUCUCCAAUAGUUUUCCAAUUCCUUAUGUUUGCAGGAUUUUUUGUUAAAGUUAACAAAAUGAACGAAGCCUUUGGAUGGCUGCAAUAUAUAUCCCCUUAUAGGUGGAGUUUCCAAGCUUUAUGUACGAAUCAAUUUACAGAUUUUAAUUUUGACUGCAGUAUUGAAGGAAUAAAUUGCGAUCCUCUUGAGGUGCUUGGGUUUGAAAUGCCUUUAUGAUUGGUAGUUGUGUAUCAGCUAGUCUAUAUUGCUGUAUGCUUGCUUCUUGCAUUUCUUUGCUUCAAGAUAAAUAUCAAGGAAUAUAAAAUUUAA